AUGUCCCUCGGACACAGCAUAUCACCAAUCAACAGAAAGAGCCAAAGAUGUCGGCUCAGUCAUGUGAUCAGCUGUGGCACUGAUGAUCAAGUGUGCCCUGAUGAUCAGUGUAGCCCCAGCAGUGCCACCUGUCAGUGUCCAUCAGUGCCAGGUGUCAGUGCUCAUUAAUGUCACCUGUCAGUACCACAUCAAUGCCACAUAUCAGUGCCUACCAGUGCACAUCUAUGCCACAUACCAGUGCCCAUCUGAGUUGCCAGUCAGUGCUGCCAGUCAGUGCCGCCAGUUAGUGCCGUCUAUCAGUGCCAUAUAUGAGUGCUAUCUUUCAGUGCCCAUCAGUGAUGCCUAUCAAUGCCCUUCAGUG